AUGUCCCGGGCAAGAUCGUCUGACUUUCACGACUUCGACGACGCGAAGGCAAGGCCAUCAGCUGAUUCACAUACACUUGGUCGAGGACGCUUCCUGAGGAGGAGGAAAGUUCUGACUCUCUACAAAAACCUUUUGAAAGUUGUGAAAAUAUUACCUGACAAAAAAGAUCAAGAAGAGCUGCAUGAUUGGGUGAGAAAAGACUUCAAGAGCAACAUGGGGGAGACUGAUGAGAUGGCAGUGAACAUGAAGAUUUCUUAUGGAGAGAAAUCCUUGGAGAAUCUCAAGCGCAUGAUCAAACAGUCUAAGUGAAAGAAGUCAUACUGGUAAAAAUCAAAACCAUGAUGGGGGAUGAUCCUCCUCUUCUGGCAGUUGGGACUGAAGUGAGUGCCAAGUACAAAGGUGCCUUUUGUGAGGCCAAGAUCAGGAAAGUAGUGAAGAGUGUAAAGGCCAGAGUGACAUUCAAACGUGGGUUUGGAAGUGCAGUUGUGACUGAUGACAAUAUCAAAGGAACUCUAAGAGCUGGAAGCUUGGUGGAAGCCAAACAUCCAGAUAAAAACCAGUUCUUGGAAGCUACUAUCUCCAAGAUUCAGGACUGUAGUCUGUAUACAGUAGUCUUUGAUGAUGGUGACAUCACAACCCUAAGGAGAACUUCCUUGUGUCUGAAAUCUGGGAGACAUUUUGCUGAGAGUGAAAGUUUGGAUCAAUUGCCAUUGACCAAUCCAGAGCACUUUGGCACUCCUGUACCAGUGAGUGGGACUGUGAGAAGGCGACGUGCUGCAAAAGAUGAUGAUGAAACUUCUGAUGAUGAAGAAGAGGAGGAGAAUGAAGACAACGUAAAAAAGGGGAAAGUGAAGAAGGUGGAGAAGGAGGCUAAUGUUGGUCGGGUUGUAUGUGUUGAAAUGACUGAGAAGAAGAAGCAAAAAGACAACUGGUUUCCUGGUUUAGUCGUUGCCCCCACUGCACAAGAUACUGUGAAAAUCAAAGUCUCUUCUGAGUACCUGGUACGGUCUUUCCAUGAUGGCCGUUAUUAUACCGUCCCAAAGCGUGAGGCCAGGGAGUUUACCAAGGCCAUUGGAUCCCGUGUUGAGAGCCAUUCCCUGAAAAUAGCAGUGGAGAAAGCCAAUUUGUAUCUUGAUAAGGAUGAGCUCCCACCACAUUGGGACAGGGAUUUGUUGUUUGGGUGGGAUUUGAUUUCAGAUCGAGAUUCCAGUGAGGACUCGGACAGCUCAGAUGAUGAACCACGAGAGGAGAAGGAUCACUUUGUGGCUCAACUAUACAAAUUCAUGGAUGACCGAGGCACUCCCAUCAACAAAGCCCCAAGUGUUGGUUCCCAUGACCUUGACCUCUACAAGCUUUUCAAGCAAGUACACAAAAUGGGUGGAUAUAAUCGAGUCUCAAAUCAUAUGCAAUGGAAGGUAGUUUACUCAAAGAUGAGUCUACCUUCCAUGGCAUCUGGAUCCCACUGCCUGAAGCAGGCAUAUAAAAGGUAUCUUUUCAGUUUUGAGGAUUUCUACCGAAAGCUUGGCUGCACAUUCCUGAGUCAUACCCACUUGUCUCGCACAAGACAUCAGUCAGGGCGCAGCCUAAUUCGAAGCACUGAGAGGGCUCGUGUGCAUUCUCCGUCCCCUGCUGGUUCCAACUCCUCAAAAGCUGGCACUCCAACCCCUCAUGAGAAGGAGAAGGAAAAGGAAAGGGAAAGGGAGAAAGAAAAAGAGAAAGAGAGGGAGAGGGAGAGGGAGAAGGAAAAGGAAAAGGAAAAGGAAAGAGAAAAAGAAAAG